AUGGUUCUUAUCCAGCCGAGGAUCCCACGCAAGGAGGAUCCCACGCAAGGAGGAUCCCACACAAGGAGGAUCCCACACAAGGAGGAUCCCACACAAGGAGGAUCCCACGCAAGGAGGAUCCCACGCAAGGAGGAUCCCACACAAGGAGGAUCCCACACAAGGAGGAUCCCACGCAAGGAGGAUCCCGCGCAAGGAGGAUCCACACAAGGAGGAUCCCACACAAGGAGGACCCACACAAGGAGGACCCACACAAGGAGGACCCACACCAGGACCCACACAAGGACCCACACCAGGAGGAACCCACACAAGGAGGAACCCACACAAGGAGGACCCACACCAGGACCCCCACCAGGAGGAACCCACACAAGGAGGAUCCCACACCAGGACCCACACAAGGAGGAUCCCCACAAGGAGGACCCACACAGGGAGGAUCCCACACAAGGAGGAUCCACACAAGGACCCACUCAAGGACGAUCCCACACCAGGACCCACACAAGGAGGAUCCCACACCAGGACCCACACAAGGAGGAUCCCCACAAGGAGGACCCACACAGGGAGGAUCCCACACAAGGAGGAUCCACACAAGGAGGAUCCACACAAGGAGGACCCACACAAGGAGGAUCCACACAAGGAGGAUCCCACACCAGGAGUAAAAAGCCCCACUGGGUGGGAAUGCUCAGCUCACAUGCCCUAAAGCCUGUGGGAGGGGUGCAGGUGUGA